CGGCGGCAGCAGACCUCGGCCGGAGGGAGCGGACCUCGGCCGGCACCGGAUGGCGUCCGCCCAUACCCCGUCGGCAGAGCCCGGCACCGGCGGCGGCGGGCACCGGCUGACAGCCCCCAGCUUCUGCGGCCCGCUCAGGAGCUGGUGCGACUCGUGCGGCGCGCUCAUCAUCUCCCCCUUGCACAGACGGCUCACCUGCCAACGGUGCAGCCUGUGCGUGCACGUCAAGUGUGCGGGGAAGAUCCGGCGGCGGUGUGCCGCAGAGCGGGUCCGCCGCCACCCUGCCUACAGUCUGCGCAUCUGCCCGGAGACUGGACUCAGCGGGCAGAAGUUCAAGUGCGCCGAGUGCGCCAGAUUCGUCCUGCCCGACGCGAGCUGGACGAGCCGCGGCGCCCUGUACGCCGAGCUGGACCUGGUCAGCUCGCCGCGGCUCUGCGACUACACGGGCCGCUACUUCUGCGCCCGCUGUCACCGCGGUGACCGAGCCAUCAUCCCUGCCCGUGCCAUCCGCAACUGGGACUUCCAUAGGUAUCCGGUGUCGUGCGGGGUGCGUGAGUACCUGGAGCUUAUGUUCGACCGGCCCGUGCUAGACGUAGAGGAGGCCAACCACCUGCUGUUCAGCUACGUGGAGGAGCUGGGACACGUACGGGAGCUGCGGCAGCGGCUGGUGCAGAUGCGACGGUGCACGCUGCCGUGUCCGGCUGACGGGGCGCGCCUGCCCUCCUGGCUCGAGGCCCGGCCGCACCUGCUAGGCUCGCCACGCCUCUACAGCUUGCGCGACCUCAGCGACGUGUGGUCCGGCCAGCUGGCCGCUCUACUGGUGAAGGCGCACGAGCAGCUCGACGCACACCUCCGGAAGCGGUGUGAGACAUGCCGCCGCACCGCCCAGACGUGCCAGCUGUGCUGGGAGGGCGCCCCGCUGUUCCCGUUCGACGCGCAGGUGUCGGCCUGCGUCCACUGCCGGCACGUCAUGCACGCUCACUGUCGAGCGCUGCAGGCCGGCUCGUCGUGUCCGUGCUGCCAGCGGACCGACGCGUGCACCGACGCGGACGGGCCGGACGCACCCGGCGACGAGACGGACAGACGCCAAGCGGACGGAGAAGAGGAGGCGACAGAGGAAGGCGACGGAGGAACAGUGGCUGGCGGUGGUAGGGAGUGCGGCGACGGGGCGGAGAGGGACAGCGGAGACGGUGCGAACGGCGUGGAGCAACGGGUGCAGAGCGGAAGAAGGCGUGGAAAAGAUGGCACGGAGACAGAGAUGAGGCAGACGGGUGGGUCAGGAGCGGCCUUAGCCAGUGGGCUGCAACAGCCAGCCGGUACGCCGUCUGGGGCCGCCAGCCGGCUGGGAACGAGGCCCGUGAUCGACGGAGUGUCGGCCAGCUCGGCCGCGUGGCUCCGAGCGCUCGACAAGGACAGAGACAGGGACAAGGACAGGAGCAAGGGCGGGAGCAGGGACGGCGUCCGGCCGUAGCCGGUGGCCCCUUACCAGCCCCCGGUAGAGGCUCAGUCUGUCGCCACCGUUAGCAGAGCGUGGCAGAGGGUAGCCGACUGAGGCGAACUUCAGAACUGUGCC